AGCGUGGAUGUUCUCAUGUCCUGUCUGCAGGAUACGUCACUGGCUGAGGCGAACUCAUUCAGUCCUUCAAUGCCAAUAUCCCCCUCAUCUAUGAUAAACCAGUAUAAAUUUGAAGAUGAACCAGAAUUAAAAGAUCUCUUCGUUACUGUUGAUGACCCUGAAAGCCACAUUACAGCCAUUGAAACAUUUAUUACGUACAGAGUAGUCACAAAGACAUCUCGUGGUGAAUUUGACUCCUGUGAAUAUGAGGUCCGACGACGAUAUCAGGAUUUUCUUUGGUUGAAGAGCAAACUUGAAGAAGCACAUCCAACACUAAUUAUUCCUCCAUUGCCAGAAAAAUUUGUGAUGAAAGGAAUGGUGGAACGAUUUAGUGAUGAAUUCAUCGAGACUCGAAGAAAAGCUCUACAUAAAUUUUUGAACCGUAUUGCUGAUCACCCAACCUUAACUUUUAAUGAAGACUUCAAAAUUUUUCUUACUGCACAAGCCUGGGAACUCUCCUCGCACAAGAAGCAGGGUCCAGGUUUGCUGAGCAGAAUGGGACAGACCGUAAGAGCCGUAGCAUCUUCAGUAAGAGGAGGAGUUAAAAAUCGUCCUGAAAUGUUUGCAGAAAUGAAUGAAUAUAUGGAAACAUUUAGUCACAAAAUAAACAUACUGGACAAAAUAGCUCAUAGAAUUUACAAGGAAGAAAGGGAGUAUUUUAAUGAGAUGAAGGAGUAUGGCCCCAUCCACACACUCUGGUCAGCAUCAGAAGAAGAUAUAGCAGACUCCCUAAAAGGCGUCGCCAGCUGCAUUGACAAAUGUUGCAAAGCUACAGAGAAACGAAUGGCCGGGCUCUCUGAAAAUCUGCUACCAAUCAUACAUGAGUAUGUUCUCUACAGUGAAAUUCUGAUGGGUGUUUUGAAAAGGAGAGACCAAAUUCAAAGCGAGCUUGAUUCCAAAGUUGAUGCUUUAGCCAAUAAAAAGACAGACAAGGAUCUGUUCUCAGAGGAGAUUGGGAAACUUGAAGAUAAAGUGGAAUGUGCCAAUAACGCUCUGAAAGCAGACUGGGACAGGUGGAAGCAAAACAUGCAGUAUGAUAUGAGAUCAGCGUUCACUAAUGUGGCUGACAAUAAUCUCCGUUAUUAUGAAGAGUGCCUUGCUACAUGGGAGUCCUUCCUAGCAUCUCAAACAGUGGAUCAUCAUGGGGAAGAAGAUUCUGAAGACAGGCCUUGAGUAAUAUCUCUGCUUGAUCUCCACCUUUUCCGUGAAGUUUUUCUCAACCAAAGAAGUGCUUUAUAUGAGAUCAGAUACGUUAUUAAAUACAACUGUUAAAAUCAGUGAAA